AAGAUGGCCACUUUGGUCCGGCUGCAAGAGCGGCUACCGAGCUUCAAGGAAGAGUAUUUCAGUAGAAACAGGUGGGUAGAUGAAUACAGAAAAACAGAAUAUUAUGCUGCUGUAAAAAUUCAGAGUUGGUUUCGAGGGUGCAAAGUCCGGGCAUACAUCAGGUAUCUGAACAAGAUGAUGGUAUUCAUUCAGAAAUGGUGGCGGGGUUAUCAAGGGCGGAAAAAAUUCAGAAAAAUGGUGGAGACAGCAUAUUUUAUUAUGAAGAUGAAUUUCUACAAUGAAAUGGCUGUCAGGAUUCAAAGAAGAUGGCGAGGCUAUUAUGUCCGAAAAUAUAUCCAUAAUUAUUAUGCGCUAAAGAAGUACUUGGAAAUUGUUGCAUUGAAUAAUGAGAUGGUCAGGAAAGAACUAGAAGAGUUUGCAGAGAUGAAGGAGAAAGAAGACGUGAAAAAAGCUCUUGAAAGGGAAAAAAAGAAAAAGGAUUACCUAGCUCGAAAGAUGCAUUACCUCCUUAGCACUCAGCAGAUUGCAGGCAUAUAUAAUUCACCCUAUCGAAAGUCACCUGAUCCAUGGGAAAUGCAGUUAAAGAAAGCUAAACCUUUGAGGCACAAAAAGAAGAUAGAGAAAAAUGUUAUGGAUCUUCCAUGGCCAACUGAUGACUCCUAUAGUUUACAAACGAUGUCAACUCUUCCUCCAAUUCGAAGACAAAAACCACAGGGACCCUUCCGUGAUACUGUUGACGUACUGCAACAAAGAUUCAAACCCUUGGAACUAUCUGUGCGGGUGUCACCCUCAAGUAUUUCACUUCAACUUGCCCAAGAAAAACAAAAACAAGAAGAAUGGCGAAACCGUAUACAGGAUGUAACGUUUAUGCCAUUUUCAUAUAAUGUGCCAGAUGAAUAUAUUCCAUCCAUUCAGAGAGCAAGCAAAUAUGGUCAGUCAAAUUAUGGACUCAAGUAUUUCCGGGAAGAACACCCAGAGAAAUGGAUGACAAAGAAGGAUUUCUUAACGGUGUUGCCAUCAAUUCCUCUGUUUGGAAAGUUUGGUCAAGCCUAUUCCAGAGCUGGGCAAUUUGUUUAAACAUUACUUCUCCAACCAAUUUUGUAAGAAAUUUUAAAAGCUAACCCUUUUAAGGCCAAAAAUGAUGCCUAUGCUUACUCUACCACGCCGUCUUGUUGAAGAUUUUUAUACGGACAUCAUUAGUAUAAUCGAGUUGUGGAUGUUUUGAAUUGAAAGAAGGUUUCCAUAGCAAUUGGUCAACGGUUGUCAUCAUUUCUAUGAAGAAUAUCCGAAAACAACUUCAGGAACGGGUCUCCAUCUUCCCUUUCAACAAUCAGAACUCCAAAUAGUAAUGACCUCUAAAAUAAAUGCUAUUUGACAACAAUUUGAAGAAUCAGGGGCAUUUUCUUAAUGUUUUUACAGUUAUUUCAGAAAUGUAGCCUGUUUCUUCCAUUUGAGAAUAAAUAAACAUAACAUGAAAUAAA